AUGAGCAUGAGACGCCAUGGAGCUUUGUCAGAUGGCUUCCCCACCAACCAGCAGAAGGAAUGCAAGGCAUGGGAUGUCAUUCUUGAGGCUUGUCAAGGCAACGAUCAGCUGACAGAGAGGCUAACCCAGCUUGAGAACAACCUGGACAUGAAGAACUUGUUGGUGAACUACACAUGGCAAUGGCAGGGGACAAUGAGGGCUGAACUUGUACUGAAGGCUAGGCAAGGUACACCUGCCUGGUUUGGGCUUACUGAGCUGGAGAGUAGUGAGGAGGUCAUUAGCGCCUGCAAAUGGCUUCUGAAGGACAACAUUUUUCUACAUGGCGACAUCAACUUAAAGCAAAGGACGUAUGACAAAACCAAGCCCUGGAUGAACCAAGGCCUGGUGUUAUUGAUCUCUGACCAGUUUUGGUCAGUAAAGGAAGAUGCUAUUAAGAUGGGUAAACAAAAUAACUUAUAUCUGGAGUUUCCUGAUGCUCUGCUGGCCCUUUGUGCCAGUGCGAUUCAAUGUGCGCUCAGAGGCUUCUUAUCAAAUGGCAAGCUUAAAGGAAUGGGAUCUGUUGUCUCCUUCACUGAUGAAACCUAUUGCGCUGAGUUCUCUGGCUACAAAUCUCUGCUUUCUGAGUUCAAGAACAAUACCCCAAUUUUCUACAAGCUGAUGAAGAUGGACAUGAAGGACACUCUCAAAAAGGUAUCUCUAGACGCUUGCAGCAUGCUUAAGAAAACCAGCACCAUGAAAAUUGACAAGGAAGCUAUAGAGGAGGCUGCAGCAUUCCAGUCCGAUACUCCUAGAUACUACUAG